CUAUUUUAGUUCAAAUUUUUAGUCACCAAAAUGCAGACCGCACAAGAAUAUAUUUUAGGAAUUAUAUUAAUAUUCACUGUAAUAAAGUUUGGUUUCUCAAGUCCGACAUGGUAUAGUGGGAAUAAUGGAAAGCGGUAUCUCGUCGAACUUGAUACAAAGCUAAAUUGGCUGCAGGCCAACAGCCAAUGUAAACGACGAGGAUUACAGCUAUUGGAAAUCGACAGCAGUGACAAAAAUUCACAAAUUAAGGAUAUUUUACGUAAAAUAUGGGGUGGAUCCAAAGACAUUUGGUUAGGUUAUCACGAUGGCCUCAGCUCAUCAACCGAUAGUCAUCGUCCCUUUUACUCCUUAUCCACGGGUGUACAAAUCACCUACAGCGAUUGGUACAAUCGUGAAAGCUCUACUCCCGAAGAGCAAACGCAUUGUGUUCAGCUUUCAAAUGACCAUAAUUUGCAAUGGUUAACAGUCGAUUGUUCCCGGAAGAAUUCAUUUAUAUGUGAAGAAUCGAAAAACAACCAAGAUUCGGAUAAUAAACGUAAAACUAUAUUCGAGGCCAACCGAAAAAUUUCCAAUGAAUUUACAAAUUUGCAAAAUUCCAUGCGACAAGUUAAUGAGAAUAUACGCCAUGAUACAUUUUCGGCAUUGAACACCCAUUUGAAAUCUACCAAUGAUAUAAUUACCGAUGUAAAGUCAUCAAUUGAGGCUAUCCUGAAAAAGAAACCAUUUGUGCUUGCACUAUUGGCAGAUUCGAUUAAGACUUUUAAUACUUUGGUGGUGGAAAAGGAAGCAGCCUUGGCUAAGGUGGCCGAGGACACGCAGUCAACCAUUUUGAAGUCAAACUCUCAGGGUCAAAAUAAAAUAAAUGAAUUAACCUCCAAGUUUGCAAAUUCCCUCACCAGCAACACAAAUGAAAUCAAUCGACUAUUGGGUUCUUAGUUUUGUUAAAAACUUUAAAAUUUGCUUCUAUUUUAAUUUGUUAAAAAUAAAAAAUAAAUUGAAUUUUU